AUGGAAAGAGCAGCUGGGCUGGGGGCCUUGGAAGAGAGAUCCCUACUGCACUUCCGGGAGUGCCUGCAGGAGGCGCUGCGCGAGCACUACAAGCACCACUGGUUCCCCCUGGCGCCCUCCAAGGGCUCCGGCUACCGGUGCAUUAGGAUCAACCAUCAGAUGGACCCCUUGAUAGGCAAGGCAGCAGGCAUGAUUGGACUGAGCCACGAGAGACUCUUCCAGCUCCUACCCAGCGAAUUAACUCUUUGGGUCGACCCUUUUGAAGUGUCCUAUCGCAUAGGUGAAGAUGGGUCUAUCUGUGUCCUCUACGAAGGUCCCCAGCCGGAUGGGAAGGCAACCAAACCGCUGGAGAGCCGGAGCAGCUGUAAGGAGGACUGGAGGACAGGCAGGUCCAGCCCUUCCAAGAGUUCCAUGAUGACACAGUUUCUAGUUAAAAAUUGCUGUUUCUUGUAG